AUGACUUCUGCCUCAGUCGAUUCUCGACCGAAAGGCGAGGCUAUCCCCUACCAGGGAAAGCCUCUACCCAACGUUCCUGAAGAUCUCGUGGUCCCUAACAUUCUCAAUCUGGACUUCGACGAGAGACUCUGGGUUCCCCAAGGCCCAGAUGUCUGGUUUCGACCCAUUCUUUUCAAUGUCACACAAGGUUAUUUUGUCAACCUCCUCCGCGUGCGUCGUUCCGGUAUCUUGUCCCGCCACCGUCACUCGGGGCCUGUUCAUGCCACAGUUCUGCGCGGGAAAUGGCAUUAUCUUGAGCACGAUUGGUGGGCAACUGAAGGGAGCCAUGCAUUUGAGCCCCCAGGGGACAUCCAUACGCUCGAAGUACCAGACGGCGUGGAAGAAAUGAUCACUUUGUUCCACGUCACUGGAGCGUAUAUCUACGUCGACCCUAUGGGUGUUCCUUUGGGGGUGGAGGAUGUUUUCUCAAAGCUAGCCAGCGCAAAAGCCCAUUACGAGGAGGUUGGGUUUGGUGCUGAUUUUGUGGACCAGUUCAUUCGUUGA